AUGUCGCGAACGAAGUUUGUUGCGAGCGUUUUUGCGCGCGCUUCGCUCGGCGCCACGGUGCCGACGAUGGAGUCCGUCGCGCCGUUCGCGUAUCGCGCGAUCGCGGCCGGGUCGGUCCGAGCGAUGGACGUUCGUGCGAGAGGAUACUCGGCGACGACGGUGAACUCCGGCUCGAUCGCUCGGGCGAUGAAGACGCCGAACCACGAUGUUGAUUAUGAUGUCUCUAACCACACUGUGCUCAAGGCGGGCGAUCCGGAUAAGCGCGCGUUUACGUAUUUCGUCGUCUCUGGCGGUCGAAUGAUUUACGCCAGCGCCCUGAGGUUGGCGGUGCUGAAGUUCUUGCUCUCAAUGAGCGCCUCCGCCGAUGUUCUCGCGUUGGCGUCUCUGGAGGUUGACCUGAGCAAGGUUGAGCUCGGCUCGACGGUGACGGUGAAGUGGCGUGGUAAACCGGUGUUCAUCCGCAGACGGACGCCGGCUGAAAUCGCGCGCGAGGCGGCGGUGGAUGUCGCGUCGCUCAGAGACCCGCAAGCCGACGCCGAGCGCGCGUCGAACCCGGAGUGGCUGGUUGCCGUCGGUGUGUGUACGCACUUAGGUUGCGUUCCGAUCGCGAACGCCGGGGACUACAACGGGUGGUUCUGCCCGUGCCACGGUUCGCACUACGACGCCUCGGGGCGCAUUCGCAAGGGUCCGGCUCCAGAGAACCUCGAAAUUCCGGCGUACAAGUUCUUGGAGGACGAUAAAAUGAUCAUCGGAUAG